AUGGCGGGAACAAGGACAAUGAAAGCAGUCGCUGUAAAAGGCGGCAAAGGUUCUGCUGAUGCCCUCUACGUCGAUGACAUCCCGGUUCCGCCUAUCAAUGGCAACCAGGCGCUGGUGAAGAUCAAAGCAUUCGGAUUGAAUCGGAUGGAUCUUCUUCAGCGUGAGGGCCAGUAUCCGCUUCCGCCUCAGGCGCCAGAGACCAUGGGAGUGGAAUUCUCAGGGACUAUCGAGGACCUGGGACCAGACGCCAGCGGGGACUUCAAAGUUGGAGAUGAGGUCUUCGGCCUGGCUUAUGGAGGGGCUUAUGCUCAGUACAUUGCAGUGUCUACUAAUAUGCUUAUUCACAAGCCUGCGGAAUUAUCUUGGGAGGAAGCUGCGGGCAUUCCAGAGACAUGGAUCACAGCGACUCAGGCACUCUAUCUCGUUGGUGAGUACAAGCCGGGUCAGUCUGUCCUGUGGCAUGCAGGCGCAUCGUCAGUCUCUAUUGCUGGUAUCCAGCUCGCAAAGGCAGACGGAGCCAAGGCAAUCUAUGUAACCGCUGGCUCCGAUGAAAAGAUAGACUUCUGCGUCAAGAAGCUCGGUGCGACUGCUGGAUUCAAUUAUCACACCCAGGACUGGUCCGCUGAAAUCCAGAAAGCCACCAAUGGAGAGGGCGUAAACAUCAUUGUCGAUUUCAUUGGCGCCAGUUACUUCCAAGGAAAUCUGGAUGCUGCUGCAAAAGACGGUCGCAUUGUCAAUCUUGCUGUUAUGGGCGGUGUGAAGCUACCUGAAGGUGUAAACAUUGCCCCAUUUCUUCGCAAGAGGCUUCGAUUUGAGGGCAGCACUCUGAGGAGCAGAGAUGAGCGAUACCAGAAGAAGCUACGCGGAACCCUUGUGGAGCAUGCUCUACCCAGGUUCAAGGAUGGAAGCUUCAAGGUGUUUGUGGAGAAGGUCUUUCCGAUGGAGCAAAUUAUCGAUGCGCAUAAAUUGAUGGAAAGCAAUCAGACCAAGGGAAAGAUUAUCUGUACUGUGUCAUAG